UGAAGUGCAGAGCGUGUCAGAGGGGUGUAGCCUGGUCCGGAGAGUAGCCAGCGCUUCCAAACAGUCUAGUCUGCGAGACUGUCCUGACGAGUUUAAAAUCCUCGUUUUCUCCACAGCGGCCUACAGUCCUCACAAUUCAGAAAUAGCAUGGCAUACCACCCAGAGUUUGAGCGUGCGGGGCAGCAGCCUGGCCUGCAGGUUUGGAGGAUUGAGAAGUUCGACCUGGUUCCCGUCCCGGAGAACCUGUACGGAGGGUUCUACACAGGAGACGCCUACCUGGUGCUCAACACCAUCAAGCAGCGCUCCGGGAACCUGCAGUAUGACCUGCACUUCUGGCUGGGGGACUUCUGCUCCCAGGAUGAGAGCGGCUCGGCGGCCAUUUUCACGGUCCAGAUGGACGACUACCUGGGAGGUAAACCCAUCCAGUACCGAGAGGUCCAGGGCCACGAGUCCAAACCCUUCCUGGGGUACUUCAAGUCUGGCAUCAAGUACAUGAAAGGAGGCGUGGCGUCCGGGUUCAAGCACGUGGUCACCAACGAGGUCAUCAUGCAGCGUGUGCUGCAGGUCAAAGGUCGUCGCGUUGUCCGGGCAACUGAGGUUCCGGUCUCCUGGGACAGCUUUAACCAGGGAGACUGUUUCAUUGUGGACCUGGGGAAUGAGAUCUACCAGUGGUGCGGUUCCCAGAGCAACCGCUUCGAGAAGCUCAAGGCCACUCAGCUGGCGAAGGGUAUCCGUGACAACGAGCGCAGCGGUCGAGCGCGCGUGUACGUGUGUGACGAGGGGGCGGAGCGAGACAAGAUGCUGGAGGUGCUGGGACCCAAACCAGAGCUUCCUGAAGGAGUCACCGAUGACGUCAAAGCCGACUCCUCAAACAGGAAGUUGGCCAAACUGUACAAGGUAUCUGACGCCAGUGGAGACAUGGCCAUUGCUCUGGUGGCGGCGGAGAACCCGUUCUCCCAGGGUGCCCUGGAGUCCACCGACUGCUUCAUCCUGGACCACGGCUCCGACGGGAAGAUCUUCGUGUGGAAAGGCAAGGAUGCGAACAUGGAGGAGCGCAAGGUGGCCAUGAAGACUGCGGAAGAGUUCAUCAAGAAGAUGGGCUACCCCAAGCAGACCCAGAUCCAGAUCCUGCCGGAGAUGGGCGAGACUCCGCUCUUCAAGCAGUUCUUCAAGAACUGGCGGGACAAGGACCAGACAGAGGGCCUGGGCGUGGCCUACAUCUCCAACAGCAUCGCCAAGAUCGAGAAGGUGGCCUUCGACGCCUCUACCCUCCACGAGUCUGCCCCCAUGGCUGCCCAGCACGGCAUGGUGGACGGGGGCACCGGAGAGAAGCAGAUCUGGCGUAUCGAGGGAGCGGAUAAGGUGUCCGUGGAGCCGUCCACGUACGGGCAGUUCUACGGAGGAGACAGCUACAUCAUCCUCUACAACUACCAGCACGCCGGCCGGCAAGGCCACAUCAUUUACAUGUGGCAGGGAGCAGACUCGUCCCAGGAUGAGAUCGGGGCGUCCGCCAUCUUGGGUGCCCAGUUGGACGAUGAGCUUGGCGGAGGUCCUGUUCAGGUGGCUGGGGCUCCUAUGACUACCCAGGUAAGGGUGGUGCAGGGGAAGGAGCCAGCCCACCUGAUGAGCCUGUUCGGGGGGAUGCCCAUGGUGGUGUACAAGGGAGGUACGUCUAGGGACGGGGGCCAGAGUGCCCCCUCCGAGACACGCCUCUUCCAGGUGCGUUCCAACUCCGCGGGGUGCACACGGGCGGUGGAGGUUGACGCGACGGCGUCCAACCUGAACUCCAACGACGCCUUCCUGCUGGUGACGCCGGCAGAGACCUUCCUGUGGGCGGGGCAGGGCGCCAACGAAACGGAGAAACAGGGAGCCCAGCAGCUGUGCGACAUCCUGGGUGUGUCCGCGUCUGAGCUGCCGGAGGGCGGAGAGAGCGGUGAGUUCUGGGAUGCCCUGGGAGGCCAGGCGGAGUACCGCACCUCCUCCAGACUCAAGAACAAGAUGGACACCCACCCACCCAGGCUCUUCGCCUGCUCCAACAAGACGGGCAACUUCGUGAUCGAGGAGGUACCAGGGGAGAUGACCCAGGAGGACUUGGCUACGGAUGAUGUGAUGAUCCUGGACACCUAUGAGCAGGUGUUUGUCUGGAUCGGUAACGAGGCUCACGAGGAGGAGAAGACGGAGGCCAUGGGCUCGGCUGCCAGGUACAUUGAGACCGACCCGGCCAACCGUGACCGCCGCACCCCCAUCGUGAAGAUCAAGCAGGGCUUCGAGCCCCCCACCUUCUCCGGGUGGUUCCUGGGCUGGGACCAUGAGUACUGGACCAGCGACCCUCUGGAGCGCGCCAUGGCUGAGCUGGAGCUGUGAACCCUGACCUCUGACCCGCUCGCGCUGCCAAUAAGACUCUGUGAGGAUAUUCCUGCUCUGCUGGCCCCCCCCUGACCCCAACCCCCCCCCCCCCCCCCCCCCCCCCCCUUCUGAGAAUAGUUUUUUUGCUACCCCUUUUUCUUGUUGUAAACGAUGUACUUCAGAUAGUGUAGUUGUUUUACUGUAUUGUAUCUGGUUUACUGUAUGAGCUAGCGUAGCUGAUACGGGUGGGCUGUGCACUGUUAAUCUCUCCUGCCCGUUUGCUUGAAUAGACACGAGAAGUGUGAAGCUUUUUAUAUGCAAAUGCCAUCAUGUGACCAACGAAAAGGGCUUCGCGCCGGUCUGCCUUGACUUUCAGAAACAGUUUAAAUACUUGUUUACACGUUAUCUAUAAUAUAUAAAACAUACCCAACGGUACAUGUAGUCCGUUAAUAACCAGAGAAUGAAAAGAAAGAUGCCUUGCUCAAUGAAUUGGUAAUGACGGAAUACUCACUGCCCGUAACAUCAUCCACUAUGAUGCAAUACAGCCAGUUAAGCCUUAAUCUCUUUGACACCUUUCAGCCACAAUAUGUAGUGUAUUAUGUCAUGAGUGCUGCCAUGACAGAAUAAAAGAUGAAUGCUGGGGGUGGAGAAGGCAAUUAGUUAUGUUUACUUUCCCUCAGCGGUGGGUGGAGGAGGGGUGAGUGGUUGGGUGGAGACAUCCAUAUGAUGACUUGUAUUGGAGGUGUUUGUUUAGGUGAGGCAUCCGUGGGAGCCUCACGCCUCUAUAGACAGAAGUUACCAGAACCUUCACAACCGCACGUUCCGAUUUUUCUUAACUUUCGGAUCAUCUGUCACUUUCAAUAAACGCUCCAAAUGCUUUACUAAACUGUAAUAAAAGUAAACUGUAAUAAAACUAAGUGUCAUACCAGAA